AUGAAAGUGUCCCUACAAGAUUUCGGUUUUCAUUAGCCCAAUGCUCCUGAAGUUAACACCCCUAGGUCUUUGGAGGCGUGUAGAAGAGAAGGGAUUAGUCCUAGUGAGAUUGUUAAAGUUUCAUUCGAGGAGUAUCAAAAAAAGUACAGACUAUCCAAUUUGGAUGCUAAGGGAAUAGAGACUUAUUAUAAACAUUUUGAAGAGAAGAGGGAAGAAAAAUAUCGAGAUCUUAUCAAAUAAAGACAUAUAGUUUUGGAGGAUGAAAAGACAGGAUUGUGGAGUCAGGAUGGAUUAGGCAAGAGCAAAAUGAUUUCUAAAUAUUCCUAAUAAGAUGCUUCAUCUUUGAUUGAGAAAGAGAAGUAAUAAAUUGAGAAAAUUAAGAAGAAAUAGCAAAAAGAGAUUGAAAAUAUGCUGGAGUUUGAAUUGAAAUUACAAGAGAUUAAGGAAUAAAAUGAAAAGAAGAUGCAGGAUGAGAGGACGAAGUAGAAAUAGAGAGAAUUAGAAUUGGAGAAGAAAAGAGCCUAAUAGGAGGAAAUCAAGAAAUAAAAGGAGUUGCAGAAAUAAUAAAAAAAAGAACAAGAGGAAUAGGCAUUGAAGGAUAGAAUGAAAUUACUUGAAUCUAAGGAACAAGAACGUAUUAAAUAAGAGGAAUUAAAACAAAGAUUAAGAGAAGAAGAAACCAAAAGAAAAGAGGAUGAAAAGAAGGCAUAGUAAGAAAAACUAAGAAAAUUAAAUGAGGAGAACAUUAAAUUAUAAUUGGAAGCAUUAGAAAAAAGAAAAUAAGAAAUGGAUGAGAAGACUGAGUAGAGGAAGAAAAUGAUGGAAGAACAAAAAGAAAAGAAAAAGCAAGAGGCUGAAAAAGCAAGAAUUGAAAAUGAAGAAAGAAUUAGAUAAGCUAAAGAAAGAAAUGAAUAAGAAGUUCUAAGAGUUAAAGAAGAUGUUGAAAAAAAAUUAUAAAUUAGUGAAUAAAAACGAUUGUAGUUUGAGGAAGAAAAGAGAAAAAAAUUAGAAUAGUAAAAAAUUGAAGCUGAGUAACAUGCAGAAAUGAUAAGGAAAGUCAUUGAAUAAAAUGAAUAAAUGGAAUUGGAGAAAAAAAAGGAGUACUUAAAAAAAAUAGAUGAGGCUGAAGAAAGAAGAAAAUAAUUAGAAAAAGAAUAGGAAAGAGAGAAGGAGAAAAAGAGAUAAGAAGAACAUGAGAAAGAAUAAUAAAGACAUUAAGUAUUAUUAUAAAACGAACAAAGGUAAAAAGAGAGAAUUGAAGAAUUCUUGAAAAAGUUUUAAGAUAAGGAUGAUAAUUUAUAAAAAAUUCAAUUUGAAAGAUCUAUUUAAAUUACGGAUAAAAGAAAUUAAGAUACAUUAAAGAGAAUUGAUAAAAGAGAUAAUGUUGAAAGAAUCAUGAAAAAAUAAGAGUAUGAUAGAAUGAAAUUAUAAGAAAAAUUAAAUGAGAAGAUGGAAAGAGCUGAUAAAAUAUAAGAAGAUUUGGAAUAAUUGCUAUUAUAAAGAUAAAAUAUGAGAAGGGAAAUUGAUAAGCAAAAAAGAGAUCUUUUAUUGAAAUUAGAGAAAAUUAGAGAAGGAAAGAUUCCUCCUUCUGAAAUUCAAAAGCAAUUUGGUAUUACAACUACUGAUUUAAAGUCAUAAACUUAAGAAGAAUAAUAAAAUUAUGCCAGAAAAUCAUAAUCUUAAUCAAUUAAUAAAAGUAAUAAAAAACUAAUGACUUUAACUAAACCUUUUAGUACUGUAAGAUCAUCCAAAGGCUAAGAUAAACUUCCUGAAAUUAAUUCAUCAUCCCCAUAAUUAUAAGAAUUAUAGAAUAAUCAAUUAAAAACUAUAGAACAAGCAUAAUUACAAUAAUAACCAGAUUAACAAUAAUGUAAAUAAUUUAUUAUAAUGAUUAAGAACAAAAAAAAUCUCCAAAAAGAACUAAAAAAUAAGAAAUAGUCCAAUCAAAACCAGCUGAGCCACCAAGUCCAGAAAUAAAAUCAGGAGAUAAUGAGAGUCUUUAUGGAGGAAUAGGCAAAUGAAAAUAGAAGAGAUGAUAAAUUGAGAAAUUGUAAAUCUGAAAAUAGGGCAAAAUUAGAAAAGCUUUAAAGUUUAGAGAGAUAAAAAGCCCAAUAAAGGAUUCAAAGGCUCUAAGAAUAGCAUUAAUAUGAAUAACAGUAAUUUAAAUUAGCUCACAAUGUAAUAGACUGA